UGCUGGAUAAAUGCACCAAUUACAUGAGGUGCGGGGCUGGUUCUUGAUUCAAAGCACCUGACGGUGGUCAAGGUAUAUCCUCUUUUGGCAGUGCGUGUCAUCAUGUAAACAGCUGGGGUACUGAAAAACACUGGUAGAAGAAAUUUGUAAAUAUUUACUAUCCUCUUGUGUCGCACAGGAGACAUCAACAUGAACAAUAAAAUGCGAAACCUUGCAGGCUAAGGCAUAAACUAAGCAUUUAUACUGAGCAAAAGGUAGGGAUUUAUUUUGUACACGUACAAAUUUACAUCAGCCACCCCAUUCACACUCAGGCGAUCCCCAGAUGACCUUGCGCGUGUGUACAGUCCAAUGGUCCAAUAGAGCCUGGGCUACAAUCGAAGAUUGGGUAGCGGCGCUAUACAAUCUUAGCUGACCAUGCGCCACGGAACAACACUACGUGCCGUCGCGUUCGGCCAAGCCAUUGUAUGAUAGGCCAGACAAUCAUAUAUCAUAUAGUAUAUGUGGCUUGACAUAACUGUAUACGAACUACAUGUACAUGUUGAUUCUUCACGAAAUUGAAUAGAGCUGUCGGAAUAAAAUCUCCAUAAUGUUGUCAACAGUGAAUCAUGCCCCUGCUGACAAAAACUGCGAUCCAUUGGUGUUUUUCUGCAAUGGUAAAAAGGUUGUGGAUCGCCAUGUGGGGCCAGAACUUACUUUACUCACCUACUUGCGCACCAAGUUAAGGCUCACUGGUAGUAAACUUGGCUGUGGGGAAGGAGGUUGUGGGGCCUGUACUAUCAUGGUGUCAAAGUAUUCCCCCAAGGACAAAACCAUCAGUCAUCUCGCUGUGAAUGCCUGCCUGACGCCCAUCUGUUCUGUGCAUGGCAUGGCAGUGACAACUGUUGAAGGGAUUGGCAGCACCAAGACUAGACUCCACCCAGUACAGGAACGUUUGGCCAAGGCUCAUGGCUCUCAGUGUGGUUUCUGCACUCCCGGCAUUGUUAUGUCAAUGUAUACCCUGCUGAGGAACAAUCCCCACCCGACUAUGGAAGAAAUAGAGAGUGCAUUUGAGGGCAACCUAUGUCGCUGCACAGGAUACCGGCCGAUCCUUCAAGGCUACAAGACAUUCACCAAGGAAGGAUGCUGUGGUGGUAAUAAUACAAACUGCUGUAUGAACAAUGAACAGAAUGAUGCUAGCCAACGGGAAGAAGGGAUUUCAACAAAGCUGUUUGACCCAAGUGAGUUUACUCCGUAUGACCCCACUCAAGAACCAAUAUUCCCUCCGGAGCUGAUGCUUAUGCUAGAUGAGGAAAAUCCGGCAAUUCAGACAUUUUCAAGUGACAAUUUGACCUGGUUACGACCAACCACUCUCCAGCAACUGCUGGAUCUAAAGGUCGAGCAUCCUGAAGCCAAGAUGGUUGUUGGAAACACAGAAGUUGGCGUUGAAGUCAAGUUCAAGGAUCAGGUCUAUCCCCUCAUUAUUGACGUCAACCACAUCCCAGAAUUGAUCCGCAUUGACACCACGCCCGCCGGGGUGAGAGUAGGGGCCUCUGUGUCACUGACCUCUCUAGAUCUUUACCUGAAGCAGAUUAUACAAACUCAGCCAGAGCAUAAGACGCGGGUGUUUGCCGCCAUUGUAGAGAUGCUUCGCUGGUUUGCUGGACAUCAGAUCAGGAACGUUGCUUGUUUGGGUGGUAACAUAGCAACUGGCAGCCCCAUAUCGGACCUGAAUCCUCUGUUGAUGGCUGCAAGGUGUAAACUAGAGCUUACUUCAAAACAAGGUUCUCGCACAGUAACCAUGGAUGGAAACUUCUUCACCGGUUACAGGAGAAAUAUCAUUGCUCCAAGUGAAGUUAUCUUAGCUGUGAAUAUUCCAUUCACAUCAGAGGAUGAAUAUUUCUAUGGCUACAAGCAGGCUCCACGUCGUGAGGAUGAUAUAGCCAUAGUCAACGCUGGUAUGAGGGUCCUCAUGAAGCCAGGUACCAAUGUAGUACAGGAUUGUACACUGGCAUUUGGUGGCAUGGCUCCUACAUCAGUACUGGCUGCCAAGGCUAUGACUGGCCUCAAAGGAAGGACCUGGAGUGAUGGACUAGUGGAGGCGAUGUGCCCUUUACUGGCUGAGGAUCUCCCUUUGCCUCCUGGGGCACCAGGUGGCAUGGAACCCUACCGUCAGUCUCUCACCCUCAGUUUCUUCUUUAAGUUCUACCUGGCCGUCUUGGAACAGUUGAAGCUGAAACGGCCUGGACUGAGUGAUACCUUCAUCCCUGAUUCCUACAAAACAGCCAAUCAGCAGUACCAUAAGAACUCAGCUAGGGGUGUGCAGAUGUAUCAGGAGGUUCCAGCAAGUCAGCCAGAUUCCGAUGCGGUAGGGCGACCUUUGACCCAUAUGGCUGCUCUCAAACAGGUCACAGGAGAGGCUUUGUAUGUUGAUGACAUCACACCCGCAAAAGAUGAGCUUUACUUGGGUUUGGUGUGCAGCAAGAAAGCUCAUGCAAAGCUACUGUCUGUUGAUGCGUCAGCAGCCUUAGCAGUUGAAGGCGUCCAUGCCUUUGUGGAUGUUAACGAUGUGCCAGGAAGUAAUAUGGUUGGCGUGGGCCUGGAACAAGAUGACCCACUGUUUGCUGAUGGAGAGGUGCUGCAUGUGGGUCAGUUGAUAGGUUUUGUUGUUGCUGACAACCAGAGCAUUGCUCAGAGGGCUGCCAAGUUGGUCAAUGUCAAAUACCAGGAUCUACCAGCCAUUAUUACCAUAGAGGAAGCCAUCCAGCACGGCUCUUAUCUGCUUUCCAACCUGAGUCUCAAGAGGGGUAAUGUCCAGGAGGGCUUUGAGAGCUCCGAUCACAUCUUUGAGGGAGAGAUGAGGUUGGGUGCCCAGGAACACUUCUACUUGGAGACUUUUACCACACUGGUCAUCCCUGGAGAAGGAGGAGAAGUGGAAGUGAUAUCAUCAACACAGGCGCUCACGACAACACAGCUUAUGGUGGCCAAAGCCUUAGGAGUUCCCAAUAACAAAGUCGUAACCAGAGUCAAGAGGCUUGGUGGUGGAUUUGGUGGGAAGGAAACCAGAUGCUGUGUGCAGGCUGCCGCCUGCGCAGUGGCUGCUAAUAAAGUAAGUCGUCCAGUGCGCUUGAUGCUGGACCGUGACAAAGACAUGAGCAUGUCGGGGACACGCCAUCCAUUCUUGGGUCGCUACAAGGUGGGACUUGCCAGUGACGGUCAAGUGAGGGCACUGCAGAUCGACCUGUACUCCAACUGCGGAUACUCUUAUGACCUGUCCAUUGCAGUUAUGGAGAGGGCAGUUUAUCAUGCUGACAAUUGCUACAACUUUCCCAAUUUCCAAGUGGAGGGUCACCUAUGCAAGACCAACCUGCCAUCCAAUACAGCCUUCCGUGGCUUUGGUGGCCCACAGGGCCUGCUGAUCAUGGAAUGUAUCAUGUCUGAGAUUGCCGGCAGAUACGGACUGUCAGAGAUAAAUUUCCGCGAACGUUACUUUUACUCGGAAGGCGACAAUACCCACUUUGGCCAGGAGCUUAAGAAUUGGAAUCUAGGGAAGUGUUGGAAGGAAUGUCUCACCAAGAGUGAUUAUGUCAACCGCCGACGAGUUGUGGACCAGUUUAACAGUGAGAACCGCUGGCGGAAGCGAGGUAUAGCCGCCACUCCAACAAAGUUUGGCAUCGCAUUCACCUACCUGCCACUAAAUCAGGCUGGUGCCUUGGUACACAUCUACACUGACGGCACAGUUCUGAUCAGCCACAGUGGAGUUGAGAUGGGCCAAGGUUUGCACACCAAGAUGAUCCAGGUGGCAAGUCGGGCCCUGAGGAUCCCCCAGGAGAAAAUCCAUAUCCUGGAGACCGACUCGUCCAAGGUGCCAAACACCUCACCCACGGCAGCCAGCGCUAGCUCCGACCUCAACGGCAUGGCCAUCAAGACUGCUUGUGAAACGCUGUUGCAUAACUUGGAGCCAUUCAUGCGUGACAACCCCAAAGGAACAUGGGAAGAGUGGGUGAAAGCAGCUUACUUAAGUCGGGUUAGUCUCUCUACCACCGGAUUCCAUGCGAGUCCAGAUUUGUACUUUGAUUGGCAAACGGGCCGUGGGAAGCCAUUCCGCUAUUUCUCCUACGGCGUGGCUGUGUCGGAGGUAGAGAUUGACUGUCUGACCGGGGACCAUCAGGUGCUGAGGACGGACAUUGUCAUGGAUGUGGGAGACAGCAUCAACCCUGCCAUCGAUAUUGGACAGAUUGAGGGAGCGUUCAUUCAGGGUUAUGGGCUGUUUGUCCUGGAGGAUUACCGAGUGACCCCGACAGGUCACUUGCUGACCAAAGGACCUGGUUUCUAUAAGAUCCCAGCAUUUGGUGACAUCCCGGCAGAAUUCAAUGUUAGUCUGCUCACCAGGGCACCAAAUCCUUUCGCUGUCUGUUCCUCCAAGGCCAUUGGAGAACCACCUUUGUUCCUGGCAGCAUCAGUUUUCUUUGCCAUCAAGGAUGCAAUUCAGUCGGCCAGGAAUGAUGCAGGCAUUCCUGAGCCAUUCAAACUUGACUGUCCCGCCACCGCGGAGAGAAUCCGCAUGGCAUGCCAAGACCAAUUCACUAAACAGUUCCCCGCACCUGAGCCUGGGACAUACACGCCGUUCUUUGUUCGUCCGUAGUCUUGAAGUUUCUACAAAUCCAAGAAAGUUUUAGAAAUUUUCCUCAUAUCAGCUACAAGCAUAACACAUCAGGAUUUCAAUCCUGUAAUGCACAACGCAUCAUGGUUUCUUUUCAACACCAUAGAUGUAAUUGCAAACAAUCAAACAGUAUGUUCUCUGUCUUAAUUCCUUCUCUUGUCAUGAAGUGACUUGACCGAGUGCCUUAAGCAGUUAAGCAGUCAUUUAGCACAACCAAACCAUCAUUGUGUAGGUUUGCGUGUAAUGUUCUUGACUUCCAACCAGGUCGGCAUUUGUAUAUUUCCAUACAAUGUUUGCUUGAAGUUGUUGGAAAUUCAUUUUGCUGCUGACAGUGUUUACCACUUCAUGCCGGGGCAUUUUUCAAUGUUGAUAAUGCUGGGCCGGCAUGACUAUCAUUUUUUCCAUUUUCAAAAUCCUUCAAAAAUUCCUCAUUCCAUUUAACGGUCGUUUAUAGCCGCACCAAAUAAUUUUCAGGCACUAGUCUAAGUUGACAGGUGACCUUCAUUGACGCCGGAGUAUUUCAGCCAGGCCAGCAGCCUUGUAAACAGAGCCCAGAUU